AUGCAACAACGACGACGACAGCUGCUACCACAGCGACUGCUACGAACUUUAAUACAGACUUACAAUUGCAACAUCACCACCAACAACAACAACAACAGCAACAGUUACAAUUACAACAGCAACAGUUACAAGCACCAAUUACAUCAACAGCAACAACAGCAACAAAUUGGCAAUAGUUCUUCCACUUCUGCUUCUACUUCUCUAACUACUACUCCUCUCUCUUCUAACGCUAGCAAUCUCAUGCCAUCAACGCCCUCCCUACCCAUAGGACACUUGACCAAUACCACAAAUGCCAUUGCACCAGCAACUUCAAUACAAUUAAGCACUAAUUUGACAUUUGCCACCAGUCCCCCCAUUGAACAAACAGCCAAAACUAAUCACGAAAAUAUUUACGGACAGACCAGAAAUCUUAAUUUUAAACAGAAUAACUCGCCUCCUGUGCCCCCUCACAGCUCCUCACAUCAUAAUCAGGCUCAUUUUAAAUCAGGCCACCAAAAUCAUCAUCAACAUCAUCAACAUCAUCGUCAUCAUUCACAUCACUCCCAUCAGCAUCAACAUCAGCAUCGUCGAUCUCAUCAUCAUGGUUCUUAUGGUUGCCUUAUGCAUUCCUCUCACCCCUCUGCCCGCUCUACGCCCGGAGAAUUUCGUUUUAAAACUCACGAACCGCUCUAUGAUGAUUUCGACAGCAGACACUCCAAACAUUUCCGACCUUCACGCAGGUCCUCUUCCACCACUGCCCAAAUCGAUAAUAAUUGUAAUUGCGUUAGUUGCUAUACACUAGCUCCGCUCUUUGGAGCUCCCACACCCAAACGACCGCCCAGAAGUUUAAGCCAACAACAGCUGAGGCAACAUCAACGUUUGAGUGGAGCCAAAAAUCUUUACAAAAACGAAUUAAAACGAGGCGUUGUCAAGUGGUGCAGUGACAGUGACGUUUCCCUGCUGGGCCGUGAAGACCAAGAACAGAGCGAAGGCACCGAUGACUAUAGGGCUUAUGCAAAUCGUAAAGCCUGCUAUGACGAUUCAUACAACUAUGACGAUUUCAAUUUAGAUCAAGAUUUUGAUAUAGAAAAUUUUACUUUAACACAAUUGGACUAUAAAAAACAAAUGCAAAAACCGAACAACCAAAAAUUCAAUGGUUAUGCGGCUAGACAUAAUAAGUAUCCGUCAGCUAAUGACAGUCAACCACAUCCUUUAACGGAUGGCUAUGUGGACAAGGCCAGAUUAAGACAGAUAAGAUCACCCACGCCCAAACGAAAAGAAUCAUUACAAUCUAAAGAGGGCAAAUCGAAAAACCCCUUGUACAAACCCUCCUCAAAUCUACUGGCAAUGCGCAAUAAAUCACAGAGUACCGAAAGUUUUUUUGAACAACCUCACGAUGAGGGUACGAUUUAUAUGUAUGGCGGACGUAAACGCAUAGUAAAGGCUCCCUCUGCCACCAAUAUCUAUGAUCGCAUUAAAAGUCAGGGAGAUUUAACCCACAAACAAGCUCAAAAAUACAAUUCACAAAUGAAUUUACACUACGAACAGCGUAAACCAUUUUCAAAGCUUGCGGAUCGGAAUGAUCAUGACACUUUGAAACCCCUAGUACCGCCUCCUCUGUGGAGAGGAGCUAAGAGAAUGAAUCUUAAGGGUUUGGUUAGUGCAAAAUUGAAUAAUUUUCAAGCUUUAGAUCACAAUAACAAUAAUGUCAGCACAACUAGACAAGACGCUAAAAUCAAUAAUCUUCAAAGAUCUGAAGAGACGAACAAGACUGCUAUGAACCCCAGCAAUGGGGGUUUGACUAAUAACGGUAGUAAUAACGGUAAUAAGACAACGAUACACACAACACACAACCACCACUUUAACGCCGACUCAAAACACAAACAAAAUGAUAAUGAAACGGCCCAACAACAGCAACACCAUCACCACCAACAGCAACAACAUCAACAAAACAUGGAGCAACUACAACAACAGCAGCAACCACAAUUUAGAAUUGGUCGCUCCUCUAGUCGCGUUGACCUUAGUGACAUGGAAUCGAUUUAUGGUUAUUUAAAACCUCGUAAACCCCGAAGUUUAAGCAUGAAGAAAAUACAAAUACUCGAUUAUUGAACAAAU